AAUGGUCAAUAGAAUACAAAGAGUAAGGCCAAGCGUGACGCAGGUGCGCGCGCACACACUCCUGCCCACACCUUCGCCGUUUGACAAGUUUUGACACCUGAUGAGCGCAGAUUCUUCACCAUUUCAGGAGGGAAACUAUCCAUUCCUCCGCUGAUCUCUCCGCCCUCCCUUCGAAUGUGUCUUCUUGUACGAAGAUCUACAUUCGCGAUUUCCUAGGGCUUGUUAGAAUCAAUCGAACUUUGCACACUGAUGGACCGGCGACGGACCGACAGUCCCGUCUAUGCUCGCCAAUGGAGCAGCGAGUCCGGCAGCACAGCCUCCUCUUCUCCCGGAAUUUCGCCGGCACGCCACCACCACGCUCGGUCGUCCUCCGUCACUGGCAUCUCGAACAUCAAGAAGACGCAGAACUUCGCCGCCAAGGCAGCGGCUCAGCGCCUGGCGCAGGUCAUGGCGUCUCAGACGGCCGACGCCGACGACGACGAAGACGACGAAGGCGACUUAGGGUUCCGUCUCGGUGGUCCUCCUCCUCUGCCGUUCUCCAAGAAUGUCAGCAGUAACAAUCCUGCGGUUCCGUCUAGCAGGAUCGGUAGAUCUUCUUCCCCUGCGUUAGCGAGGAACUUUGUGGAUGAAAAUCCAUCUGUUCGCUCUACAUCAACAGGAAGGCCUGCAGUGUCUCUUCGUUCUGUGCCAGUGGCACCGCCUAAUAAGGCAUUGCCGAAGAUCUCAGUUUCUGUACCACCAAUAGAGCCUCCUAUUAAUAGGCAAAGAGAGAAAAGAUUCUCAGCAGAUGUAGGACGUUUCAACUCAAAAGAUACUGGGGAUCAACAUGAGGCUGCUGCACUUCGUGAUGAACUUGACAUGCUACAAGAAGAGAAUGAUAAUAUUCUUGAGAAGCUUAGGUUUGAGGAAGAGAGAUGUGAGGAAGCUGAUGCCAGAGUUAGGGAGCUUGAGAAACAGGUUGCUGCUCUUGGAGAGGGUGUAUCAUUGGAAGCUAAGUUAUUGAGCAGAAAAGAAGCUGCUUUGCGUCAAAGAGAGGCUGCACUUAAAGAUGCAAAACAAACUAAAGAUGGUGAAGAUGAGGAACUUAUGUCUUUUAGGUCUCACUUAGAGAAUGCAAAAGAUGAGGCUGAAGUUGUCAUGGAGCAGCUUCAUGGAGCCGAAUCUGAAGUAAAAGCUCUGCACUCAAUGACACAAAGAAUGAUUUUAACUCAGGGGGAAAUGGAGGAAGUUGUUCUUAAGAGGUGCUGGCUUGCUCGUUACUGGGGCUUAGCUGCACGACAUGGUAUUUGUGCAGAUAUAGCUGUGUCAAAGCAUGAACAUUGGUCAUCUUUAGCUCCUCUUCCUUUUGAAGUUGUCAUUUCUGCAGGACAAAAGGCUAAAGAGGAGUGUUGGAAUAAAGGUGAUGAUGAUCUCGAGAGGAGGAGCAAACUUGUCCAGGACUUGAAUGAUCUAACAGGGGAAGGAAAUAUUGAGAGCAUGCUUUCUGUUGAAAUGGGCUUGAAAGAGCUUGCUUCUUUGAACGUUGAGGAUGCCAUUGUGCUUGCAUUAGCCCAACAGAGACGUCCAAAUUCUGCUCGACAAUCCAUUUCAGAUAUCAAAUCACCUAGUGAUCCGAAGUUUAUGGAUGCAUUUGAACUGAGUCCAGAGGAGUCUGAGGAUGUUCUCUUUAAGGAGGCAUGGCUUACCUACUUUUGGAGAAGAGCCAAAGCCCAUGGUAUAGAGGAGGACACUGCGACCAAACGACUUGAGUUUUGGAUUAGCCGUAGUGGGCAGUCACCAACUUCACAUGAUGCUGUUGAUGUUGAGCAAGGAUUGAUGGAGCUGAGGAAACUCGGGAUUGAGCAUCGAUUGUGGGAAGUGUCCCGCAAGGAAAUUGACCAGGACUUAUCAACGUCGAAUGCACGAAAGCCUGCCACACAAUUGAAGAGUUCUUGACAACCAUCUUGUCCCUAGCUGUUUGUGUUAUUUAUUGUUGUUGUUGUUAGUGCUACAAAAUUUCAAUGGUAUGGGGUCACUUGCUGGGUGUGCUGCGUCUCUAUUCUCGUGGAAUGUGGGGAUUUUGCAUCCACGUUUGUUCAAUUCAAAGGUUUUCUUAGAAGAUGAAAAAAAAAAAAAGCCAAAAUUUUGAAAAAAUAGCUCAUCUCAUCUGGACUCUGGAGUUGAAAACCAACUCCAGUGAUUUGUAAUGGAGUUUUCAUGGUUUUGAUAUAUAUAUAUAUAUAUAUAUGUGGUUGAUU